CCCCGUGCGACAGUAGGUGCUCGAAGUGUGUGUCUCUGUGCAGGAGUGUGUGCUGUGUGGCUUCGCGGUGGCUGGGACGAGUAGGCUCUGUCAGCGGUCCCACUUACCGCUCACCUCGUAUUUUACACACUACCAAAAAAAGAAAGAAAGAAAAAGGAAAAGAAAAGAAAGAAAAAGAGGCACAGGUCAGGGUCUUUAUUUCCCCCUGCAGGCUUUCGCCUUUCAGGUCGAAAUAACCAGAACUCCUAGAUUUCAACGUUACCCUCCCCUCACCCCCCUCCCAACUCCAUGAACUCUACCUACUGUUGUGUGAACAGAUAAUUUUUUUUUUUUUUAACUGGGAAGCGUUAUUUCGCUUUUGCACCACCCCCCUUCUCUAAUUGCCAUGUAGCAGGCAUGAGGUUAAAGGAUAAGCUAGCCCAGCAAGGAUGAUGUGCUACAGUAUUUAUUUAUUUUGGAAGGAAGGGUGUAAUUAACCCUAAAUAACAGCCCUGGUAGCCUGCAGAGGGGAGCCUCCUGGCCCUAUCAAAGGCCGGCAGAACAGGGAGGGACUGAGGCUGACAUGAAGUCACAGAUACCGAAACUAUGUGCCUGAUAAUGAUAUAAUUAGGGGAUCAGAGAUUUCUGACUGCUGCGGACUUCAAAAGCUUUAAAAGAAGCCAGCAGUCUCUCCUGUAGCCAUCUUGACUAAAGCAGACAUUUUUGUGUAAUCACUACAUACAGUAACAAGAAAGGGGGGGGGGAACAGAAGAGCAUUGUUCACUGUUUUCAAAUACCAGUCCCCUUUUUGGGCCUUUCGCAUGCCACAGGAAGAAACUUUAUGAAACGACAGAAAUAUAGUUUUAAUACAGUAAUACAAAAGUCCAUUCAACUUGUUCAAAUGUGGCUCCAAUUAAAAAAAAAAGUUGUUAGAACUUUCGUAGUUACCUGUCAAAAUUUUAUUAGACUGUUUUAGGUCAUGGCAAAUAUAGCAUUUUAAAUAGGCUCUCAUAAACAUUUAACUUUUUUUUUUCUUUUUCUGUGCUAGGAGUGAGGUGACUAGGAUCAGAAUGGACUUUUCAUCUGUUUUAUUUCUACUUUAAGUCUAUACAUGGAAUUUGUUAGACGAGGGAUAUGUAGUCCUCCCCACCUAGGAGUGGUGACCUUUAUGCAAAACAUCAAGAUUGGAAAGAGGAGACAAAAACCCAGCCAAAGCAGGGUUCCAGCCCCAAGGUCUUCCCUGGGUGAAAUCAGAUGCUAUUGUGAUGCUGCCCACUGCGUGGCCACUGGCUAUAUGUGUAAAUCUGAGCUGAGCGCCUGCUUCUCUAGACUUCUCGAUCCCCAGAACACAAAUUCCCCGCUCACCCACGGCUGCCUGGACUCUCUCGCGAGCACAGCGGACGUCUGCCAAGCCAAACAGGCACGGAACCACUCUGGCACCACCAUGCCCACGCUGGGAUGCUGUCAUGAAGAUAUGUGCAAUUACAGAGGGCUGCAGGAUGUCCUGGCUCCUCCCAAGGGGGAGGCCUCAGGACCAGGAAACCGGUAUCGGCACGACGGGAGCAGGAACCUCAUCACCAAAGUGCAGGAGCUGACCUCUUCCAAAGAGUUGUGGUUCCGGGCAGCGGUGAUCGCUGUUCCCAUCGCCGGCGGCCUGAUUUUAGUGUUGCUUAUCAUGUUAGCCUUGAGGAUGCUUCGAAGCGAGAACAAGAGACUGCAGGACCAGCGGCAGCAGAUGCUGUCGCGUUUGCAUUACAGCUUUCACGGACACCAUUCCAAAAAGGGGCAGGUGGCAAAGUUGGACUUGGAAUGCAUGGUGCCCGUGAGCGGGCACGAGAAUUGCUGCCUGACCUGUGACAAACUGAGGCAGGCGGACCUCAGCAACGACAAGAUCCUCUCGCUCGUUCACUGGGGCAUGUACAGCGGGCACGGGAAGCUGGAGUUCGUAUGACAGGGCCUCAUCCGCACCCAAGUUCUCGGACGCUUUGAAGGCCUUGAGUUCUGCUGGACAGGAGCACUUUAUCUGAAGAAAAACAAACUCACGUCAUCAUCUGGGAGAGACCAAACGACCUCUGCGGACAGAAUCUUGGAUAUUUCUUCUGAAGGAUUAUUUGCACAGACUUGAAGGCAGUCAGAUGUAUUCUUUGCUUUAAAAUUAGAAAAAGCAAAGAGAGGACUGUGCACUCACUGUUACCAGGGUUAUUUGCAUCUGCGCGAGCUGGAAUCGAGCACCUAAAUAAACUGACUGGUGCUCUGUGUCAGCUCCGACGUCCUGAUUUAUUGUAAAGAUUUAAAAAAUAUAUCUAUAUUUUUUGUCUGAAAUUUAGCCGUGUCUUGUCAUAAAUUAAAAACAAACUAAGUGGGAAGUGUAAGAAACGACACGUUCAUUCCACAAACGAAGAUCUGUUGUUGAUUCUACUGUUGUCGAUUCUGAUAAGGUCUCCACUCUAGGAUUGGGCUUGACUUUUGUUUUGUUUUUUGUUUUGAAACAAGACCAAGAUCUUGUUCAUUCUUACUUGUGUAUUUGUAAUUUUCUCACAGCGUGGAAAAUUUCCAAAUGUGUACUGCCCAUCGUUCAGUGUCUCACCCCCCCCCUCCCGUUUUUUGUUAGGACAGUUCUGGUUUUUAGCUUUCAUCUGCGAGAAAUCUUAGACUUAUUUAUACCAGGUCAGAUAUGAUGAAUCAGUAUCUGGAGUUGCCUUAGCAAAGGUAAUAUUUCUCAGCUUACUCCAGAUGCUCUGGAAUGCUUCUUUUUAAAAUGUGUCUACCUCCAACCCCAAAAGGAAAGCCAGACCAAACCCACUAAAGGAAACUUCUUCUCUAGUUCAAGUUGGUCAUUGUCUCCUUUUGCUGUUGAUUAAUUUAUCGGUUAACUUUGUGUCAAAUCACAUUAAAUAUUGUGGACCCCAAAUUAGCCAAACUUGAUUGUAUCAUGCUCCUAGUUUGCAAACCUUCCUUCAACACAGUGUUAUGCUUUUUUUUUUUUUUUUACCUCUCAAUGUUUAGAAAGGGUUUCAACAGUGAACGUUAUUUGUAUCAAUUGAGAUUUAAAGAACACACAGUACCACUGGGACCCCCUGCCCCUGACAUUGACUUCAGCCACUGAUAGACUGUGUUUCCAUUCCUGCAGGACUUUUCUGUCUGGCAACACUUCUCAGGCUGAAUUUAAACCCAUGCUGCAUUUGCAUAUUUUUCCCCCAAAUAGGUCUUUGUUAUCUUACACAUGAGAAGAAUUUGCCACGUAGGAUUUUUUUUUUUCCUCGACUCUUUUGUAUAUUUGAAACUUCUGCUAAAAAUUAACCUAUAGUCUGCAUAUUUGAGUAUGGGGUUGUCUUUGAUACGUGUUAAGGGAUUCUUUGUGUGUGUGCGUAUUUGGGGGAAUAUUUUAUGAUCAGCAUAAUUUGGAUCCCUGAAGACAGAUGCAGUAGCCACGUUCAUGGAAGAAUCUGAGUUGCAAUGACUAGCCUAAAAACAAUAACCUAGAUUAUUUAAUAAUUGGUAGACCACAGCCCCAUACAAAGUAGGCUAUGGAAUAAAUACACAUUUUAAUAAAUGACAGCAUUCGUAUUGUG